AUGCAGAAAACAAACAUAAAUAUUGAGAUGUUAAGAGUGCAAGCAUUAUCAAUUCUAUGCACACCUUACCCUUUCCUUGAUUUUCAUGGUGUAUCUCCCAUUCAAGAUAAAUUAGAUCCACAAAGUAGCAUAAAACACGAUAUAUGGAGCGACGCCGUUUUUGAUUUUGAUGGUGUUUCUUUCAAUCAAGAUAAUCUUGAUCCACAUUGUAACACAAAGGAGCAAAUUAACAACGACGCUUCUCUAGAUUUUGAAGGCUUCACCCCCGUUCAAGAUGAAAGUAAUUUAUGUUGUAGCAUUAAAGAACAAAUUCAAAACAAUGAUGAAGAAAAUAUUGAAGAACGAGAGUUUAGUUUUCCAUGUGCUGAUGUCAAAGGAAUGAGAAUAUUCGCUGAUGACAUUUUUGAAAACGGACAAAUAAGAAAAUUAAUUCCUCAUUUGCACCAAUCUCUUCUUUUAACUUCCACCUCAAAAAAUUUUGCCUCACCUGUUCGGCCACGUCUAAAGAAGAUAUUUAUUAUUAAUUCAGUAUGUCCACAAUCAAGAUCAGAUGUUAUUUCUAAAGAACCUCAAAAUGAGUUAUUAGAAAAUAUAACAUUCGUUGAGAUGAAGGACUCCACCGAAUCUUACAAAAAAAGAAACUCCACAGGAUCAUCAAAUUUGUGGAGAUGUAGGCAAAACAUGAAUCUUAGAUGUAAUAGUGACCAUAAGGAUUCUUUAGUUUUAUUGAAUCCUUCUGCGCCAAAAAAUCAUGUCAAGACAAAAGUUGAAAGCAUCGUCGUUGAAAAAAGGAAGGAAAACCACCCAAAAAAUGCAUUAUCAACUUAUGAGAAGCUUUAUUUGACUAAUAAAACAAGAAAAGGGAGCAAUAAACGAAGAUCAUUUUUGCCAUAUAAACACCAAUUACUUGGGUUCUUUACAAACAUGAAUGGAUUAAGUAGGAACCUGCACCCUUUCUAA